CUAAACCCUCAACAGUAAAAUCAAUAUGUAUAUGCAGUAAAGCAUGCUUGUUAUACUCACUGUGGAAUCUAAAGAGUUAAUCCUCUGCAUUGUAUAAAAAUUAUGUUUGAUCCUGUCUUAUCUGAUCCUCCCCUUCUUCCACAGUCCCCAAUCCAUCUGCUGACAGAACAGAUCCUUGGGGGGGGCAAGCUGCACAUGAUCAGUUUGGUGUGUAUUGCUAGAGGGUUUUUUUUUUCUCGGAGAGUGCAUGUGAUCAGCACAGAGGCCAAUCAACACUGUCCAGACAGACGGUCAAGGGUUCUGCAU